GGAAAUUUGAAAGGAACAGGGCGGAAGAUGGUGGAAGGGCCAGGCUGCAGGCUGAAUGGCGAGAAGAUCCGCGGCCGCGUAGCCCCGGGACAAGCCGUGAGGGGGCUGCGGGGGACCGCUCUUCAGGCGCCCCUUGGAGCCUCCUCCUCCUCCUCGAAUGGGAUCACUCAGAAAACUGGGAACAACGUGUCUCAUCAAAACUCCUUGAAUAUGCUUAAUGGAUGUGUGUACAAUGGUGUGGAAACUUUGGGGAAGGAGCUUUUCAUGUUCUUUGGAGAGAAAGCUCUGAGGAUCCACUUUGGCAUGAAUGGCUCUCUGCGUAUAAAUGUAGAUGCAAGUGAGAACAGAAAUGGAGCAGCAGCAGCAGUUCUGGAAAUACAACUUACUGCUGAUUUGGUUUGUUUUUAUGAUGCAACAGUAGAGCUUAGGAAUGCUGCCGAAAGUGAAAGGAAAAUUCGAAUGCUGGAAGACUUGGAUGUAUGCUCUUCAAAAUUUAGUUUCCUCAAAGCAGAAAGUGAGAUAAAGAAGCAGAAGGACCGAAUGUUAUGUGAUGUGUUGCUUGAUCAGACAGUCUUACCUGGAGUGGGAAACAUCAUAAAAAAUGAAGCACUUUUUGACAGUCAUCUUCAUCCUGUUGUCAAACCUUGUCAGUUAACAGAUGAGCAAGUGCAUCACUUGGUGAAAAUGACUCGAGAUUUCACGCUGCUGUUUUAUAAGUGUCGCAAGACAGGAUCAGCAUUAUAUAAACAUUACAAAGUGUACAAACGGCCCAACUGUGGCCAGUGCAGAGCAAAGAUUACAGUGUGCCGUUUAGGAGAGAAUAACAGAAUGACAUACUUUUGCCCUCAGUGUCAGAAGGACAACCCACAACUUGUGGAUCUCAGCAAACUGCCAGGAAGAAAUAGUUUAAUUGGCUGGGCAUACGGCAGGGGGUCAUGUUCUAAAGAACAAGUUGCUCAGAAAUCGGAAGAGGAGUGGGUCUGUAUUCUCUGCACUCUAAUAAACAAGCCUUCUGUCAAAACCUGUGAUGCGUGCUUGACUCCAAGGCCUGAAGUUCCAAAGAGGCAAAACAAUGAAGAUUUAGCAGCCUUUAGCAGCAGUUUGGUCAAGUACCCAUGCAACAACUUUGAAAAACCAAGAACAGAGAUAAAGAUCAACAGGAAAACUGCCUUCGGUCUAACAACUCUGAUACUGACAGAUUUUGCAACUAUAUCUACUCAACCAAAAAGACAUAAUGAAAGUGAAAAUCUUACUUCAGAUGGAAGCUGCCUGCAUGGUUCUUCACAAAAUGAUUAUAACGCUACCUACCACUGCAGAGUAAAUGAACCAGGGCCCUUCCCUUAUCAAUAUAAAUCUUUAAAGCCAGCACAGAAGAAACAGAAGAUUGAUUACUCACUUUCAUCUGUUGGGCCUAUGAAUGAGAAUUUAACAAGCAGAGCACCUCCAGAUAAUAUGACAGAUGGCUCUUGUCCAUUAAACGCUAUCAGUCCUCACUGCAGUAAACACAAACGCUUCUGUGUUCUCCGCGUCGUGAGGAAGGAUGGAGAAAACAAGGGCAGGCAAUUUUAUGCUUGCCCUUUACCCAGAGAAGCCCGUUGUGACUAUUUUGAAUGGGCAGACCUGCAUUUUCCCUUCUGCAGUCAUGGGAAGCGCUGCAUUAUGAGGACAGUGUUGAAGAUUGGCCCUAAUAAUGGAAAGAAUUUCUUUGUGUGCCCUCUGGGCAAGGAUAAGCAGUGUGACUUCUUUCAGUGGGCAGAAAAUGGUCCAGCAAUGAAGAUUAUCCCAGGAUGCUGAUACACUAUCUGACAUUAAUCUUCUCAAACUGUGUGUGCUAUACUGCUCUUUUCUGGGAGAUGUUUUAAGAGGGUUAUGAUCAAGUGCAUUUUGUGAUUGCAAAUCCAUCUAGAUUGUACUUUAUAUUUGAACAUUCCUUCUUUUGUCCUUCCUUUAAACAACUUCUGCUGUUUUCUAGUGUUUUAUCUAACACUAUAACCUCUCAGGUGGCAAUGUUACUAGACCUAAAUAGACAUUAACAAAAUUUUGCUAUCUUGGUUCUUUGCCUUGACCCAAAUCUUUAAGACUAAUAGGAAUGGGUCUUAGAGAACUGCCUGACUUGGUUGUGUAUCACUAUGUAGUGCAAUCUAUCAGGGAAAUAUAGAAAUCUACCCAUGUCAUUUGUCCUUCAACUUUUUUUUUUAAUGCUCUCAGUUGUGUUUUCCAUAAAAGUUUUAUUGCAAUGCAUUUAAGAUGAAUGGAUUUUAAUACACUUUGUAAUCAGUUAUGAAAGAUUAAUACAUGCAAUAAAAUGUUUCAAACAAU